CCGCCAUGGAAGGCAUUGUGACUGUAGACUUUCAACCCAUUUACGAUGCCCUGCGCAAGAUAUUCAACCUCACGCGCCAACUCACCGACGAAGUGACCGCCCGCGCCCAUGCAUCCACUCUCGCGCAGAUCAAGUCUCUAUUCGGCGUAUCGUACAGAAAGCUCUUGAAGGCGCAACCUGUAGCACUACCUCCCGGCGUCGACCUGACGACGUACUACAACCUGGUCCUCGGAGCCUGCUUUACAUUCAUCGAGAUGUGGAAUGCCGCCGAACGCCCGCGUAACGCAGCUCUGAAGCCCCUUCUCCGCGACGUGCCUUCCUCACUGAUAUGCUGGGUGGCCCUCAUUCAUCCCGCGCGUCGAACGCCCCCCGACGAUCAAGAAAAGCGCACCAUCUUUGCUCUCUCGAAGCUGUACCUCGUCAUCCUCGGCUCGGAACCGCACUACGCGAAGUCGUUUCUGCACGCUAACCCGGACAUGGCGACUCAGAUCCUCGAGCUGUGGAUACGCUUCCCCAAGUCCUAUCGCCUGGCGGAGCCACAGGACGAAGGCGACGUCGACAUCGGGUCCGUCGUGUUCGGUAUCGUGUCUGGGCCGUGGCGCCUCUACGCUCUACUCGCCGAUCCGAAGAACAACCCGACCGAGGGCGAUCGCGCGCUCUUCAUGAACGCCCUGCGCAACGCGAAGAUCACCAAGCGAGCCCUCUUCAACGCCAUCCACCCCCAGACGCUCUUCGUCGCCACCUCGAUCCCUGAAGACAGUUUCGCCGCCGGAGCUCGGCAACACCACGUCGAAGGCCUCACUGGCUUGCUACGACUCCCCGAACUCGCGCCGUCGAAGAUCCCCCGCAACAUCAUGCCCCUCGUCGUCACUACCGCAGGGUUUCGCCUCCACAAAAAGGACUACCACGGUGCGGCCGCCCUGCUGGACCUCGCGGACGCUAUCUGCGCCGCAGCGCCCACGAUCCGUCCUCUCAUCCAAGCCGUCAGGGCCGACGUCUUUCGUGUCCUGUUUGAUCUGGACCGGGUGCCAGGGAUCCCCAAAUCCGACCUCUCGCCACUCGUCCGGCGCCUCUCUGCGGGUCUGGUGCACCGGAAGGUUCUGCGCGGUCUUCGGAAUGCCAAUGCUCCAAAGGUAGAACUGCAGUACCACGCCGCCCCGGAAGAGAAGCCGACCUGGCGUAGCCUCGCGCGUAAUUACGGAACGAUGGGACGGAUACACCUCGAGGGCUGCAUACGAGGGGGCUGGCGGCGCUUGAUGCCUUGCAAGAACACGAUGGGUCCUCAUAACCGGCGGGUGCAAAUCUGUGCGUGUGGCGACGCCUUCUACUGCUCGAGGAGCUGCCAGAAGAUGCACUGGGAUCGGUCCCAUAGAUAUGAGUGCUGUGCGGACGCGGGGGUGUGGGGUCUCAAAGGUUCGAUCUCCCUCCCCGACGUCGUCCUCUUCUGCUGCAUCAUGCAGAACUAUAUCAAGAACAUGCGGGAGAAAAUCGGACGAGAGCUCGUCAAGAACAUCGCGGGGUUCAGAAGGGAGGGCGCGCGCUUCGUCCGGCUGGUCCUCAUCUCCCACUUCACGGACAUCCUCCCCGCCCCGCGCCUGGAGUGUUUCUACGAUCUGGAUUGGAAGGGGGAGGUGGAGGUCAGCGUGGAGACGCAGCGGCGCGUGCUUUUUGAAGGGAUUUACUCUUUGGGGAGGAGGGUGGUGAGACGGAGGCUGCCGUUCGCGUACGAUGUUAGCUACUUCUGCCCGUUUGAUUCCAUUCGGGCUUACCUGUGAACGUGAAAAUCCUACGACCCACGACUUUCGUAGGCC